UCCUGCGCGCUCACGCACCUCGCCGCCCGCCGAGGCAGGCGCAGGCAGGGCGCAGGCGGCGGCGGGCGGCAUGGAGAGCCUGCUGGAGAACCCGGUGCGCGCCGUGCUCUACCUCAAGGAGCUCACGGCCAUCGUGCAGAACCAGCAAAGUCUCAUCCACACCCAGCGCCAGCGCAUCGAUGAGCUGGAGCGGCGUCUAGACGAGCUGAGCGCGGAGAACCGCAGCCUGUGGGAACAUCAGCAGCUGCUGCAAGCCCAACCUCCGCCCGGGCUCGUCCCCCCGCCGUCCGCCCCACUGCCUGCUCCUACAACCACCACUCCGGGCGCCACUGCGGCCCAGGAGCCUCUCCAGGACCACGGACAGCUCACACUCGCCACGCCGGAGCCGCCGGUUCAGCACCACGGACAACUCCUGGCGCAGCCCCAGCCCGGCGGCAGGGCUCAGGCUCCCCAGUCGCCCCACCAGCACCCGGUGGCACCCGGGGCCGCAGCUGACAAGGAGAAGGAGCGUCCCCCGAGUUGUUGCGCUGCCGCCGGAGCCCUACUUCAGCACACAUCCCCCGCCGCCCUCGGCAAGGGCGUCCUGAGCAGGAGACCCGAGAAUGAGACCGUGCUGCACCAAUUCUGCUGUCCUGCUGCUGACACCGAGCAAAAGCCUGCCUGCUCCGACCUGGCUUCCCAAAGUGAUGGCUCCUGUGCCCAGGCCGGUGGGGGCAUGGAGGACUCCGCGGUGGCAGCCGGCAGACCCAGUGCCCAUGCCCCGAAGGCUCAAGCCCAGGAGCUACAGCAGGAGGAGGAGCGACCGGGGGCGGGGGGCUCCCCACGGGCUGGCCCCCUCCGCGCGGCCUCCCCUGGCCAGCAGCAGCCUGCCCUGGCGACGGCGCUCUGCUCCCACACCCCUGCUGCCUCCGAGUACGAACUCUCCCUUGACCUAAAGAAUAAACAGAUUGAAAUGCUAGAACACAAAUACGGGGGCCACUUGGUAUCCCGCCGCGCCGCGUGCACCAUCCAAACCGCUUUCCGCCAGUACCAGCUCAGCAAGAACUUUGAGAAGAUCCGUAACUCGCUCCUGGAAAGCCGCCUGCCCCGGCGGAUCUCGCUGCGCAAAGUGCGGGCGCCCACAGCAGAGAGCCUGGUGGCGGAGAAGGCGCUCCUGGAGGGCUGUGGACUACUGGGGCUGCCGCUGGGGCGCUCGCCCUCCCUGCCACCCACCUUCGCAGGGUCGCUCACCGAGCUGGAGGACUCCUUCACCGAACAGGUGCAGUCCUUGGCCAAGUCUAUCGACGACGCCCUCAGCACCUGGAGUCUCAAGACCAUGUGCUCAUUGCAAGAGAGUGGCGCGUACCAGCUCCACCAGGCCCUGAACCCGAGUGCGGGACAGCCAAGCCUGGAAGCCGAGGCACGGGAGCCCGAGAGUAGCCCAGGGUCUGGAGAUGAGGCCAGCGGCCUGCCGCAGGGUCACAGCGGUACCCUCAUGAUGGCUUUCCGGGAUGUCACGGUGCAGAUCGCUAACCAGAACAUCUCUGUUUCCUCCUCCACUGCCCUGUCUGUGGCCAACUGUCUGGGCGCACAGACCACCCAGGCCACAGCUGAGCCAGCGACCAAUCAAACUGAGCAGGGGGAUGCCGCGGCUCAGGAGGUCUCGGAAGCCCCAGCCUCGGAACAGGAGGAACCCCCGGGUGAGAACUCAGAAGUGGUGGAGAGCCCAGCCCAGGGCGCACAUGAACAGGUGGUUGCGGAGGCCGUGGUUGAGGAGGCUGUGGCCGAGGAAGCAGCGGGGGAAGAGGAAGAGGCCGGGCAGUCAGGGAAAGGGGCCGAUGCGGGCGAAAACUCUGAGCAGCUGAGCAGUAGCAGCGCAUCCACCAAAUCCGCCAAAUCUGGCUCAGAGGUUUCUGCUGCUGCCUCGAAGGAGGCCCUGCAGGCGGUGAUCCUAAGCUUGCCGCGCUACCACUGCGAGAACCCAGCCAGCUGCAGGUCCCCCACUCUCUCCACCGACACCCUGCGCAAACGACUUUACCGCAUUGGCCUCAACCUCUUCAACAUAAACCCGGACAAGGGCAUCCAGUUCCUGAUCUCACGUGGCUUCAUCCCUGACACCCCCAUCGGCGUGGCCCACUUCCUCCUCCAGCGGAAAGGCCUGAGCCGCCAGAUGAUAGGAGAGUUCCUGGGCAAUAGCAAGAGACAGUUCAACCGCGACGUGCUGGACUGCGUGGUAGAUGAAAUGGACUUUUCCAACAUGGAGCUGGACGAGGCUCUGAGGAAGUUUCAAGCUCACAUCCGCGUGCAAGGGGAGGCCCAGAAGGUAGAGCGGCUCAUAGAGGCUUUCAGCCAGCGAUACUGCAUGUGUAACCCCGAGGUGGUGCAGCAGUUCCACAACCCAGACACCAUCUUCAUCCUGGCCUUUGCCAUCAUCCUUCUCAACACCGACAUGUACAGCCCCAACAUCAAGCCUGACCGGAAGAUGAUGCUAGAAGACUUUAUCCGAAACCUUCGAGGUGUGGAUGAUGGCGCUGACAUCCCCAGAGAGCUGGUGGUAGGCAUCUAUGAAAGAAUCCAGCAGAAGGAGCUCAAGUCCAAUGAGGACCACGUCACGUACGUCACCAAGGUGGAGAAGUCCAUCGUGGGCAUGAAGACCGUGCUGUCCAUGCCACACCGCCGCCUGGUCUGCUGUAGCCGGCUCUUCGAGGUGACUGACGUGAACAAGCUCCAGAAGCAGGCCGCACACCAGAGAGAAGUGUUCCUCUUCAAUGAUCUCCUGGUGAUUCUCAAGCUGUGCCCAAAGAAGAAGAGCUCCUUCACGUAUACCUUCUGCAAGGCAGUCGGCCUCUUAGGCAUGCGGUUUCAGCUCUUUGAGAACGAAUAUUAUUCCCACGGCAUCACACUGGCAACUCCACUCGCGGGCUCUGAGAAGAAACAGGUGCUGCAUUUUUGCGCCCUGGGCUCUGACGAGAUGCAGAAGUUUGUGGAAGACCUGAAGGAGUCUAUUGCGGAGGUGACGGAGCUGGAGCAGAUCCGGAUAGAGUGGGAACUCGAGAAGCAGCAGGGAACAAAGGCUCUCUCUGGAAGGUCGGCUGGCGCCCAGGGGGACCCACAGUCGAAGCAAGGAUCACCCACAGCCAAAAGGGAAGCCAUGGCAGGAGAGAAAGCGGCGGAGAGCUCGGGGGAGGUGUCAAUUCACAACAGGCUUCAAACGUCCCAGCACAGCCCCAGGUUGGGGGUCGAGAGGGGAGAGCCACCACCGCCACCACCAACAUCACCACCGCCGUUGCUGCCAGACCCACAGCCUAGCCCCCUGAGGGAGCAGCCCCCACAGCUGCCACCGCCGCCACCCACACCCCCAGGCACCCUGGUGCAGUGUCAGCAGAUUGUCAAGGUCAUUGUCCUGGACAAACCCUGCUUGGCCCGCAUGGAGCCCCUGCUGAGCCAGGCUCUGUCCUGCUAUGCCUCAUCCUCCUCAGAGUCCUGUGGCUCCACACCCUUGCGUGGUCCAGGCUCCCCAGUUAAGGUCAUCCACCAGCCCCCGCUGCCCCCGCCCCCACCCCCGUACAACCACCCUCAUCAGUUCUGCCCACCAGGCUCUUUGCUGCUCCGGCGCCGCUGUUCCAGUGGUUCCAGAAGCCUGGUGUAG